AUGCACUAGCAACAUAUCUAAUAAACCUCUCAAGAAUCACAUAGGGGUUCACAAUAAUUGACAAUAAAUAUAAAGGAUGAGAUUAACAAGGGAUUAUUUUCACCCAUAAAUCUGAGAGAUAUUGAUAACCUCUACACUCCAAAAAGCAAGGGCUAGAAAGUUCAAUUCUUUACAGACCAAGUUGAGCUCAGAAAUUAAGACUCUAAAGAAGUACCUUCAGGAUAAGGUAAAAAAGAAGUGGAAAUAACAAUAGAUCAAGUCAGCGAAUUUUAAGAUUAAAGUAAGGUAGCACCCAAUAAUAAUAAUUCAGUAAACCCUGGAGGGUUCAAAGGAUUCUUGCAACAAUUAAGUCUAUUAAAACCAAAAGUAGAUUAAUCUCAAACAGACAAAUAAAAUAAGGAUGCUCAAUAGAGUAGCUAGAAUUCAAAUUAGACUCCUUCAUCCCCUUAAAUCGUUUAAUUAUCUUAACCUGAUUCGCAUCAUCUUACCUCAGAAGAAAACAAAGGGGAUGAGAUUUUUCAAAAAUCUGGAUUUUUCGAUGACAAUAUCGGAGAUAUGAACUAUUUAAAAAGGCAUAAGAGAAAAUAUAGAAAAACCUGCCUAAUGUAUCCAGAGGAUAAAUUUAAGGGAAGAUGGGAUUUAUUCAUUACUUUCUUGCUACUAUAUACUUGCUGUUAAACUCCUUAUGCUUUAGCAUUCUUUGAUGAUACUACAACUUAAUGGUUAGUAGUCAAUACUGCAAUUGAUUGCAUGUUCUUUAUUGACAUUUUUAUCAAUAUGAAUUCUGCUUAUUUUGAUCAAGAUUAUGAAUUAAUAGAUGAUAGAAAAAUCAUUGCUAAAGGCUAUCUUUAUUCUUGGUUUAUGAUUGAUUUUCUCUCUAUUGUUCCUUUCGAUUAGAUUUUUGAGUAAGGAAGCUACAACAGAUUAGCUAGAGUUGCUAGAAUCGGAAAAAUGUAUAAGAUUAUCAAAAUGACUCGACUUGAUUAUGAUGAUUUCAAUCUAUAUAUAACAUCAUUUUACUUUACCGUGACUACAAUAGUAACAGUAGGUUAUGGUGAUAUUCAUGCAUAUAAUGUUGGAGAAAGAUUUAUAUCUAUAUUUCUCAUGAUUAUUGGCGUUAUUUCAUUCUCUUUUGCUACUGGUUCUCUAUCCAGUAUUAUUUCAAAUUACGAUGCCUCUUAAGCUAAACUUAAAGAGAAAAUGGCAACUUUAAAUGACAUUAAGAGAUAGUACGAUAUUGACUCUGACUUGUUUGAUUAGUUAAUGAAGACUAUAAAGUAUGAUCAUAGCAAAAAUAUGCAUGAUAUAUAACAGUUUAUGGAAGAACUACCAUACAAACUAAAAACUUAACUUACAUUAGAAAUUCACAAGGAGAUAUAUAAAGAGAUCGAAUUCUUUAAGUACUAAGCAAAUGAAUUCAUAAUUUGGAUUGGACCCUAAUUAAGACCAUUUUUAGUAACUGAGUAAGACUAUAUCUACAAAGAUGGAGACGACAUUAAAGAGAUUUACUUUUUGGCGAAUGGUGUUGCUGGAUAUGUUCUGCCCAGGUUUGACAAUACAGUCUAUAUUCAAAUUGAAAAAGGUGAUCAUUUUGGACUAAUUGAUCUUGUUUUUGAUCCUGAAAUAUUGAAUGUACAGACUAAUAUUAAGAGAAAAACCCAAAAAAGCAAACAUUUAAUCAGAAGAUUCACAGUAUAGGCAAUAAUUAACUGUGAGCUCCUAUUAUUUUCCCUGGAAAACAUUGAUAAAAUGAAAAUAGAAUUCCCUGACGUCUUUGAUUAAUUGUUUACAAAUAGUUAUAGAAGAUUAAAGAAAGAAUUUAAGCUGAAAAUUGAUGCUCUAGAAUAAUGUGAAAAAGCUCGAUAGAUUAGCAAUCUUACUUCUUUCAGAUAGAACACCAUUCUAAAUCAGAUUAAAGAUUUUGGAAAAUUCAAUAGAGGUAGUAGAUUUAUUUAAGAUUACAAGGAGAAAAAACUAAAAAGACACUUAACUAAAUCAGAUGUGAAAUAAGUUUCAAAAUUCUCAUAAAAUUCGCUUUCAUUGAAAUAGAUUGAUGAAGAGUUAGAAAGAUCAGAAAGUUCAGAAGAUGAUAAUGACGAAGAGCCAAGUCCAGAAAGGAAGGCUGAAAAGAAAAGAAGAAUGUCUAAAAAGCAAACAAAUUUGAAAAUAGAAGAUGGUUAGUAAGAUGAUUCACAUAUAAAAUUAACUGAUGAUGAAGCUGCAGAUGAUGAUAAUGAUUAAGAGAAAGAAGUGGUUAUGAAUGAGGAGGAGAAAGAAUUCAUUCUAAAGUUCAAAAAGAAGUUGGGUAGCUUCUUUAAGAAGACCUAGCCUGAAGAUGAAGAAUAGCAAUAAUAAAAUUAAUGCAAUCAUUCCCAUAGAGAAAUAGCUGAGGAGCAAAAUAAAAAUAGCCAUGAAUUGGGAUUAAGGAUUGAUAACUUAGAGAGAAUGUUUUAGAAAAUGCUUGAAUCUCAGGAAAAAAUCUCCAAAGACAUUUAGGAGAUAAGAAAUAAAAAUAAUUGA